AUGAUGAUGGUGGCACUGGGUGAGGGUCGGAACAUCACAGUCAUCUCUGUUCCUUCUGCUGUUCGCUGGCAGGAUGUAGUUCUUGGUAGGAUGAAAUGGGCAGCCAUUCUGAUUGACAAACAGAUCAGAAAUGAAGCAGACUACCUGUUUAUGAUGGACAUCGAUAGCAUCUUCUACAAUCGCUUUGGAGCCGAGUCUCUAAGCCAACUGUCUGCUGUACUUCACCGUGGCUACUACAAGAACACAAAUAGGGAUGCCUUUCCAUAUGAGCGUCGUCCUGAGUCCAGAGCCUACAUUCCAGCUGGACAAGGAGAUUACUACUACACUGCAGCUGUCUGGAGUGGAUACUUGGAGGACAUGUACAAACUAAUCAAAUACUGUUAUGAGCAGUCAGAGGAGGAUUCCAAGAACAAUACUGAAGCUGUAUGGCAGGAAGAGAGUCAUCUCAACAAGUACCUGUUAUACAACAAACCAACCAAGGUGCUGUCUCCAGAGUAUCUGUGGUCUGACUAUGAUAAGAAACCAGAAGACAUCAGAGUCAUCAGGAUUUCUCAGCUGGUCAAGAAUUAUGAAGAAGUGCGGCCCAAUGGCGGGCAUUGA